GGGGACUGGGGAGUAAAAAAGGAAAAGAAUUCCUCUUUCUUGCUUGCUCCGCUGCGCUUUCUUGGGUCCAACUUUAACCCUAAAAAUUCCAAUAAUAGCACCAAUCCUCAUCGAACUUUCUAGAACCUCAACAACAACACCUAGUACAACUAGAACCCUCUAGUCUCCUCCACUACAAAACCCCCUCUUUAUAACAAAUCCUAAAAACACUCUUCCAAACACUUCCCCCUAAAAUCAAACAACAAACAAAACCAUGGCUGAUGAAGCUAAAGCUAAAGGUAACGCCGCUUUCUCAUCAGGCAAUUUCACCGAAGCAGUAACUCACUUCACUGAAGCCAUCAAUCUUAACCCUACCAAUCACGUCCUUUACUCUAACCGAUCUGCUGCCUACGCAUCCUUAGCCCAAUACUCCAACGCUUUGACCGAUGCUCAAAAGACCGUUGACCUUAAACCUGAUUGGGCUAAAGGUUACUCUCGACUUGGUGCUGCACAUUCUGGUCUCCACCAAUACAGCGACGCCGUUUCAGCUUACAAAAAAGGUCUCCAAAUUGACCCUACUAACGACGCCUUAAAAUCCGGUCUCGCCGAUGCUGAGUCAGCACAGGCCCAGGCCCAAGCCCGAUCUCGGCCCGGCCCGGGUGGUCCCGCGAGCCCGUUUGGUGAUGCGUUUUCCGGGCCGGAGAUGUGGGCUAAACUGACAGGCGAUGCAAGUACGAGGGCUUAUUUGCAACAACCUGAUUUUGUUAACAUGAUGAAAGAUAUUCAAAAGAAUCCGAAUAAUUUGAACCUUUACUUGAAGGAUCAGAGAGUAAUGCAAGCGUUAGGGGUUUUAUUAGGGGUAAAAUUGUCAACUAGGAUGCCGGAGGAGGAUGAGGAGAUCCCGGAAGGUUCUACCGAGCCUCAGAGGAAGGAGGAGAAGAGACCCGAGCCGGAACCCGAGCCAAUGGAAGUGGGUGAAGAGGAGAAGGAGAUUAGAGAGAGGAAAGCGAAAGCGCAAAAGGAGAAGGAAGCGGGUAAUGGGGCGUAUAAAAAGAAGGAUUUUGAGACUGCUAUUCAGCACUAUAGUAAGGCUAUGGAGCUUGAUGAUGAGGAUAUUUCCUUCAUUACUAAUCGCGCUGCGGUCUACUUGGAGAUGGGAAAGUAUGAGGACUGCAUCAAAGAUUGUGACAAAGCUGUUGAAAGGGGGCGAGAGCUAAGGUCUGACUAUAAGAUGGUUGCAAGGGCUCUGACUAGAAAGGGAACUGCUUUGGCAAAGAUGGCUAAAAGUUCCAAGGAUUUUGAGGCUGCAAUUGAGGUUUUCCAGAAAGCUCUGACCGAGCAUCGCAACCCAGAUACCCUGAAGAAAUUGAAUGAAGCUGAGAAGGCUAAAAAGGAAUUAGAGCAGCAAGAGUAUUUCAAUCCACAAAUAGCAGAUGAAGAGCGUGAGAAAGGAAACCAGCUCUUCAAGGAGAUGAAGUAUCCCGACGCGGUUAAACAUUAUACUGAAUCCAUAAAGAGGAAUCCCAAAGACCCGAGGGCAUAUAGCAACCGGGCUGCCUGCUACACGAAGUUAGCUGCAUUACCUGAGGGGCUUAAGGAUGCUGAGAAGUGCAUUGAGCUCGAUCCAACAUUUGUAAAGGGCUACACCAGGAAGGGUGCUGUUCAGUUUUUCAUGAAAGAGUAUGAAAAAGCUUUGAAAACUUACCAGGAAGGAUUGAAGCUUGAUCCUCACAAUCAGGAACUCCUAGAUGGUGUUAAGAGAUGUGUAGAGCAAAGAAACAAGGCAAGCCGUGGAGAUCUAACUCCAGAGGAGCUCAAAGAGAGACAGGCCAAGGGGAUGCAGGAUCCAGAAAUUCAGAACAUCCUUACAGACCCAGUAAUGAGACAGGUGCUACAAGACUUCCAGGAGAACCCAAAAGCUGCACAAGAUCAUAUGAAGAACCCUCUUGUGAUGGACAAGAUCCAGAAGUUGAUUAAUGCAGGAAUUGUCCAAGUUAAAUAAGUAGCGAUAUUUACAACUCACCAGGGAAAGAAACAACUAUCCAUUAUUUUUUUAACCUUUGUUUAUUCAAAGCGAAUCGUUCAUAUCCUCCCUCUCUUUCGAAGUGUCAUGUCGCACAAUGUCUGGGUUUCCCAGUUUCUUUUUUUCUGUGGCAACUGUUAAAAUUUUGUAUCUUGUUGCUUUGUCUUUUUGAGGGUCAGAAAGGAAGGAUUGUUAGCACUUUUA